AAUUUCCAACUAAGCUUGCAGUCCUCUGUCAACAAUCGCUAUAUGACAUCAGGAACGAUUGUAAAAAUUAAGAAUACUAUUUAAAGAAUUCACUGUCCGUUUUGGAAUAUUUAUUUUACUACUUUGAUUUAUUUACGAAAUUUUGUAAAACCGGAAGUAAACAGUCGCUGGACCGAAAGUAUGGGGAACCUCUUCGGCAAAAAAAAAGAAAAAUCUAGGAUAACCGAACAAGACAGAGCUGUUCUCCAAUUAAAACAACAAAGAGACAGACUACACCAAUACCAGAAGAAAAUUGAAACUCAAAUUGAAGAUGAUAGGAAAUGUGCAAAACAACUACUUGCAGAUAAUAAAAAAGAGAAAGCGAAAUCAUUAUUACGCAAGAAAAAGUUUCAAGAAAACCUUUUAACGAAAACCGAUGGUCAGUUGGAAAAUAUCGAGCAAAUGGUACAAGACAUCGAGUUCGCACAGAUCGAAGAAAAAGUACUGCAAGGUUUGAAGAGUGGCAAUGAAGCAUUAAACAAGAUGCAUAAAUUAAUGUCUUUGGAAAAUGUCGAGAAAAUAAUGGAUGAUACCAGAGAAGCUGUGGAAUAUCAACGGGAAAUUGAUGACCUGCUUGCGGGAGGAUUAACUUCUCAAGAUGAAGAAGACGUUGAAGCUGAAUUAGAAGAUAUUUUGAAUAUGGCAGAACAAAAUGACCAGAGUAUAAACUUGCCUGAAGUCCCCACAGAUAAGUUAGUGAACCCUUCAAAGAAAGAAAGUAAUAUGGAAGGAGGAGAACUAAACUAUUUUGAUCGAUUUCGAUUGGCGGCGGCUGCUGCAGCCGGCACUAGUCCCGUCUUGUCGGCCGAUUACCUUGCGGCACUCACACAACAAGAAAUUAUCUACAACCAACCGAAUUUGGCUGCUGCAGCUGCUCUGAGAACUCAACCUCCAAUUUCUCCAUUUCCACUCCUACCUUCACAUUUCUCCCCUACUCCUGCCGACCCUUACAAAAGUCUUUUUGAGAAUAGGACAACUCCAAGCUCUUUUUGGCCUCCUUUCGUUGGUUCAACAAGUUGGCAUCCACUUGUUAAAGAUGCAGCUACCCCUUCACCUGUUCCAUUUUUUCCACCCACUACCUCUGUGACAUCGAUAUAUUCCAAGGAUAAAAAAGUGAAAACGACAAGCACUUUUACACCUCCUCCACCUCCUUUAGAAUCAUCAUCUAAUGAUUCAAAGAUACCUGUUGGAAUAGCUAUUGGACGCCAGCGGCGGGCAGGAAGAUCGAAACAAGACGAAGCGACCAACAGCAGACAAGAUUUGUAUAGAACCGCAGAAGAAUUAGAAACGACAUCAAGCUCGUUGUCGAAGGAAAGAGAGGAUAGAAAAGUUCGUGCAAAGGAUCGCUCGCCCACGCCGUCAGUAGUCAACAAAGACGGUAGCAUUUUACCGCCUAAUAAUAAUAGCGCUGACGCUAUACCAUUAUUACCACCCCCUGGUUUCAAAAUUUCUACUGACCCAAUAAAUGGCCAGUUAUUCCUCGUUCCGGAAAAGUGCACAGCUGUUCGUCAAAACAUCGUCCCUGCCUCCUUUCUCUCUACACAGUCGACGUUGGUUAUUUCAAGGCAUGUUACUGAUUCUGCAGUAAAUACAGAAGCUCCAACUUACAUCAGUCGAUCAACAUCGCCUACUGUCACUUUACGAUCGCAAGAUGCACAAACUCAAACAGAAGAGCUACUUUCACCUAAUGAAGAUCCUGAUAUUCUAUUGGCUGCUCGUAGCCUAUUUAUGAUGGCUCGCCCAUACAAAUCCCUCGAUUUAUUAGCGGAUGUAGCUGAAAGGGCUUGUUCCCCUCAUGCUCAAACGGCUGUUGAUUCAAGAUACAAUGGGGCACCCGUUGAUCUAGUUCAACAACUUCCAAGCACAGUUCCACAACCACAAUCCAAUAAUAAAGAAGGAUCAAUGGUUGAAGCGAUGGAAGUAGAUUGCAAACUAAGAAUGAUGGAAAUACAAAAGGUUUACAAGGAGAAGAUGAGAGAAUUAAAUAAAUUGACUAAAUCAGAAAAAUUCAAAGAUCGAGAACCGCGUUCAUUCAAUCGACCAAAGAAGCGAACCUCAACAACUAUAAAGAAAACAGCCUGCAAUAAACCUCCACCUGCUAAAGUGGAAGUUGUGGAUAAUUCAACAUCACCUAUUCGUAAAUUUAAUACAUCAGCAGUGGGAAAUAUAACAUUGUUGAAUAAGAAUACUACACCAAACAAAGUGAACGACAUUGCCUCGCCUGUAUCGGCAUUGUCAAAGAAAAGAACUCCUUCAAAAGCUGAAAAAAAAGUUAAACCUGCAGAGUUUGAGAACUUAACUCCUUCUGAACCAAAUAACUUGAGCGUCGCUGCCAUAACAAGCGCAGCUUUAAAAUCAAAAACGUCUAAAAGAAAGCUUUGUGACGACAAUGGUGAGUUGGGGAGCGAAGGCUAUGUGAAAAGAAGAUUAUCUGAAGAGGAUAGAGAUGCUGUGAAAACACCUGUGAAAUCUCAAUCGCAACCAAAUAUUAAAAUACCUGACCAAAUAAUUAAGCCGACAUCAAAUACUGAGGAUUUAACCAAAGAAGUUAAAAAGGAAGCAACUCCAUGUUCUUCUAGCAGUUCAUCCUCCGAGGAUUCGUCCUCAGAUACCGACAGCGACUCAAGCUCAUCUUCAUCCGGCACUUCAAGCUCAUCUGAAGAAGACGAUGAACCGCUAUCGCUUCUUGUCCCACGAUGCAUUACACCCAAGCCUAGGGAAGUAACAAUAAAGGCGGAAGAACUGCGGGAUGGUCUCCGUGUUCUCUUUUUCACAGACGGUCUCUUUUAUGAGGGAAGAAUAAAAGAAAUACAAGCACCUGACGUUUAUGGUGUUAUUGUUGAUAGAGAACGAGGUGGUAAACCGCAUAUUAUGUCUCAAGAAGAGACUUUGCAUGAUGCUAUUUUUGAUAUUGAGCCCGGUUCUGUUCGUUAUUUACCGAUUGGGAGAAGAGUUUGUGCUUACUGGAGUCAGCAGUUUUCAUGCCUCUAUCCUGGAAAAAUUAUUAAUAAUGAUAUAUCAACCAAAUCGCAUGUUCAGGUUGAAUUCGACGAUGGCGAUUCUGGUAAAAUACCUAUAGAUCAUAUUAGAUUACUGCCUCAUAACUGGCCAGAAUCCAAGUCGAAGCCUAACCCUCUUCACGUUCUUCGAAACCGAACAAGGCGAAGAAUGUCGUCGUCUGAAGCUUUGCAAGAGGCUAUAAGAGCAUCUCUAUCGCCAUCGUUGCAAGUUAACCAAAAAGUUAAACGAACAACGAAGACAACUGCAGAAUCUGAAUCUAACUUCAAAUCAGAUGAAGACGAAAAGUAUGAUGCAAACAGUCGCAAUCCGAACAAAGCAUUGUCUAAAACUGCUAAAAAAGAGAAUAUACAAACGAUAAAGGAAGAGAGUAAAGAUUCAAAUGCUAAUCAUCUACCACGAGAUUUGAAUGACUCAGCCUUAAAUCGGGAUACCAAUGAUCAAAAGAAUAGUGCUAAGGAGAGCAACGAGAUUAAAACUGAUAUCGCUGAAGAUUCAGUUAAACCUAAAUCUCACUUAACGGAUAAUGCAAAAGAUUCAAAAAAAGAUAAUAACUGUAAUAAAACUAAGGAUAACACAGAAGGUGGAAAAACUACAAAAGACACUAAAGCAACGACAGAUUCCACAGAACCAAUAAAAGUUGAGCGACCGCCGGCAGAAGAUACUGAGUGCUCUAAUAAUGGUGAAGAUGGCUUAAUUAAACGAAAGAGGUUGCCAUCUGGUGGAUUUAGUUCUCGGAAACCUAAAAGGAGACAAUGGAAAUGGGAGGGCAGAAGUUUGAAAAAAACCGCAGUUAAAGGUCGCGGUCGAAAAGAAUUUUAUAAAAGCGUGACCCGUGGUUCUGAAACCCUCUCUAUUGGCGAUUGCGCUGUAUUUUUAUCACCUGGGCGCCCAUUGCCUUAUGUUGGUCGAAUCGAAUCUUUAUGGGAAAACUGUUGGGGAACUGGACAAAUGAUGGUGAAAGUUAAAUGGUUUUAUCAUCCAGAGGAGACCAAAUAUGCUAAAAAAAUUGCUGUGCUCAAGGGAGCUCUGUUUGAAAGUAAACAUGAAGAUGAAAAUGAUGUUCAAACAAUAUCUCAUCGUUGUCAAGUUUUAUCUCAUUCUUUAUUUGCCACUCAAUCAGAGGGGCGAACUCGUCAGAACGAGCAUGAAAAUAAUGUUUUCUUCUACGGUGGAACCUAUGAUCCAAUUACCACUAACAUUAGUCUUGAAAAAGACGUUAUCAACGCUUAUAAUCUGCAUAUUUAG